UGGUUUAAUAAAUUUGUCAAUUAAUAGUGAAAUACUUGAACAAAACAUAACACAAGAAGACUGAAAAAGCAGCCCAAAGUUGGUGGAAGGGAUUGACAAUUCUUUAGAUAAUACUUCCAAAUCGUACAGAAUGCGCGUAAUAAAUAAACGCUUGACCGUGCAGUAUUUGCAACGGAGUGAGGAGUGCCUGAAUCCUUUGGGUCAGUCCUCGCUCUUCAUGAGCUCGAGGCGAGUGCAUCAAGAUCACGAGGGCUUGGAGGCGAGUGUGCUAAAGGAGCUACUCAACUUGGACGAGGCACUUCGUGACUACUUCAAGGAAUGGCUCAGCGAAUUGUCGCUGCAACGCAUGGCGGCGGAAAAGCUGUUGAAACUCUCCAAGGACUAUAUGGUGAAGACGGAAAUGUCGUGCUCGGCACCGAAAUUCCCCAUUGCCGACACCGAUGCCAUUGUGAACAAGUAUCAAGUGCACUAUCAGAUCAUACUCAGCUCGAAUUCGGCGAUGCAUCGUGGUCUGAAUGCGCUGCGUAAGUUUCUCUUGGCCUUUCGUCGGGAGAGUCGCAAACUGGAUCUGAGCAGUGAGACGCCUUUCGUGUUGGGCGACAUGUUUCACAAGCCCAUCAAGUUCUUUAUGGAUUUGGCCGAGGAGUUGUUUGGCUACUUCCAUUGCAGUUAUCUCAAGCUCGACUGUGGCUCACGUCAUCUGGAUCCUGCCGAUUUGAUGGCCGUGGAGAACUAUCAAAAAAUACUUGCGCCCUGCGAGGAAUUCGAUGAGUAUCUGCAACACAAUCUGGGCUAUUGCCAGUGCCUACGUCCUGUCCAGCCAUGUCCUCCAGUACCGCGACAAACGCCACCAAAGACCAACGGACUGGAGCAGCUGAUGGUGUUGGCUCAGCAGCGACGUUGCGCUCGACGCGUGAGCAAGAUGACAGCGAAGACGGAAGAGGUUAUGGAGGCAACGCCAUCGAAGCAGGAAUCCGUUGAACUCAAUCUGGAGCACGAGUUGCGCAUGAAUCAGCUGAGCAUGCGUCUGGCCAUGUUGCGGCAAUCGCGGGGCAACUUCCAAACCGGCUACGAUCGUGAUAUUGUGGAGCAAAUGAUCUACGCGCUGAGUCCAUCGCUGAUGCCCGAUACGUAUUUGCCGCCACAGUCGAGAGCGGCUCCCACUUUGAGUUCCCCGCCAGCUUUAUAGUAGUUGCCACUCUAUAACAUUCAACCUCUCCCCGAUGUAUAAUAAAUCUCGUAUUGCAAUUCAAA